GAAAUUACCCAAACUCCACAACGUACUACAGAGGUUAAACCUUCUACUACCACGCAAAUGACCCUAACUCCUUCUACAGAGCCACUAAAGGAGCUCGUACCUCAAUCCCCAGGGGACAAUGAGAUGAAAGUUCCAACAGCAGGUCAGCAUCAAGUUCAGCACCCACUAUCACCCAGUGUCAUAGCUCAGCCUUCCAAGAUGGAGCUUACCAGAACUCUGGUACCCACUACAAAAGCUGGCCACUCUCCAUCCCUGAAGAAGACUACAGAUCUACAUCCAAGCCAGGUUCAGACUCAGCACUCAACCCUAACUGAAGUCACAGAUCAGCCCCUGAAUGCGGCUGCCACCAUAAAUGUAUGUGAGCUCUGUUCCUGCAGAAAUGAGACACUUUCAUGCACUGGCCUCAGCCCAGUGCAGAAGCUUCACAAAGUUCCUGUACCAGAGCCCAACAGCUACAACGGCACCUUCAGCAUAUUAAAUUUCCAAGGAAACUCUAUUUCUUUCAUUGAUGAACAUGUAUGGAAAGCAUACCGUUGGGCUGAGACACUAAUCCUCAGUGAAAAUAACUUGACUGAAUUACAUAAGGACUCAUUUGAAGGCCUGCUAUCGCUCCAACACUUAAAUCUCAAUCGUAAUCCUCUGACAAAUGUUGAAGACUCAUAUCUUUUUAAACUGCCAGCAUUAAAAUAUCUAGACUUGGGAGCAACACAAGUAUCACUUACCACAGUUGAGAACAUCCUCAUGAUGACUCUUCAAUUGGAAAAACUGAUCUUACCUAGCCAUAUGGCCUGCUGCCUCUGCCAAUUUAAACAUACUAUCGAGGUUGUCUGCAAGACCAUCAAGCUUCAUUGUGACAAUGAAUGCCUGGCAAAUACCACACAUUGCCUUGAAGAAGCAUCCAUAGGGAACCCAAAGGGGGCAUUCAUGAAGAUAUUGCAAGCCCGGAAGAACAACACCAGCAAGGAGCUGACUAUUGAGCCAGAGAACCCAGUAUCAGAGAGAAACAGCAUGGACUUCCCAAGCCACAUGAGUGAACAGCCGGACUUCAAUGAUGAAAGUAACAUUACUAGUGCACUGAAUUACAUAUUGCCUUAUUUCUCAGAGGAAAAUCUGCAAAAUGUAGAAUCAACAUUAUUACCAUUCAUUAAACUGCUUUUUUCAAAUGUGCAAGAGAGAGAUAAGUCCCUGAGCUACGUGAAAACCCACAUAAGAAGGCCCUCUCAUCCUUACAGAAAUAAGUUGAGAAAGCUCUAUUUUCUAGAGAAUUUGUUAGACGAAGAAAUUCAAGAAAAAAUCGAUGAGGUUAAAAAGGAAGAAAAGGCCAUGCUUAUGCAGCCUAUCCUGUUAGGUCCUCAAUUUAACCCUCAAAUCCUCCUAAAGAAAUCAGAAACUGCGCCGUCACAGGAGAACAGCCUGGCAACCACGCCAAGUGUGGGGUACAGGCUGCAGAGAGUGAACAAAGUCAUCAAGGGGCCAAAGGGCUUACGGAAAAGGGACCUCCAGGAGAUGAGGAAGAGACUCGGGAGGAGACAGGGCACCUGGCCCUUUGCAGAGAGCAUCGGGGGAAGAAGGCUUGGGAGAGCAGGCUCCAGGGAGCUGAAGGAGCUUCAGGUGGCUCAGAGGCCCAGGCAGUUGGUUGGAAACUCCUUGCACACGGAGCCCUUGCUCACAAAGGAACAUGGGGCUGCAGCCUCCUCUUUCCUGAAGAAACACAUCCUGGGCAGGUCUUCUACCUCCCCUGCAAAAUCUCUCUCUCAGAUCAAAAACAAAGGAAAAGACUUAACCUACACCAUUUUUGUCUUAGAAGAUGCCAAUGCUAGAGCCAAAAAUAAGGCGGCAGGGAAACCAAUCUCGCAUUCCAGACAAAAUUACCGUUUUCAUAAAACUCACUCUCACCUGGUCCUCCGAACCCCCAAGGCCAAACUGAGUCGAAAGCUCAGAAGGAAAAAUUCCCUCAACAGGCGGACAGCUGGGAAGAGGCCUCCCUUCCCUGCACUGCGGAGUCUCAUAAAUCCCCCCUCCGGAGAGGCUUUCUCAUCCCCCGGAGACCUGCAUUCUCAGGGAAGUCCUUCUCUGAGAGAACCUUCUAUAGCCGACACUAGGGAGGAAAACCAUUCUGGAGGGCAUGUUUUCGAAGAAAGCGUUGUGACAGAAAACACCACUGGGCCUGAAGAAACGCUCCCUGGAGACAAAAAGCAUAUAGAUCCUUCAGCUACAGAUUCUGCUGGGACCGAGUUCAACCUAAUGCCGACUGUGGACCAAACCAAGGAAACACAGUGGGAAUACCCCAGCGAGGGCACUGAAGCCCCCACCAUGCCCGCAGGCUUCACCUACCCCGUGAUGCUGUCCCAGGGGGAACAGUUGGAAAUUCAGCUGAAUCAGCAGCUACAGCCCCUCAUCCCCAACACUGACGUGAGAAGGCUCAUUUCUCACGUCAUCCGCACUCUGAAAAUGGACUGCUCUGAGGCCCAGGUGCAACUGCCCUGUGCCAAGCUCAUCUCCAAAACAGGCAUCCUGAUGAAGCUCCUCAGUGAGCAGCAGGAAGAAAAGAUAGCCAAGGAAGAAUGGGAUACAGAGCAGUGGAGGACUGAGACCUAUAUCAAUGAGAGUACAGAAGCCCCGAGUGGACAGAAAGAGCGGGAGUCGAGUAAGCUCGCAAAAGGAGCUCAAGAUCAUGGCUAUCACAACAAGCUCAUCGUGGCAAUAUCUGUGACCGCAGUGGUCACGAUGCUGGUUAUCAUCUUCUGUCUCAUUGAGAUUUACUCUCAUAGAGGAAGAGGAAGAGAAGACAUAGAAAAAGCUUCAACGGAGCUCAGCGAGGGCCCCGCUGAGAAGACACCCCCUCCAGAGUCCUCGGCAGAAGGUGAAGAGAGCGAAGCCCCCGAGGAAAACACGGAGUGACCGUCCCA